GGGAAGCCAUUUAGGAGAGCGCCAUUUUGUCAGUUGAUGUCGUCGUUGUGAAAUUUGUGGUAGUAGUAUAAAACAUCUGCCGAAAUUGUCCUUGAAUUUUCGUCAUUAUACUUUAUUACUUUUAAUCAGAAAGUUUUGGCUUCUCAUAAACAGAAAUAAAUAUAAAACAUGUCAAAUGGUGGUGGAGAUCACGACGACGAGGGAUACGUUGUUAAAAUGCGUGGACUUCCAUGGUCUACAACUGUUGAUGAGAUUAUGAAAUUUUUUGGUGAUUGUUCUAUCACUAAUGGAAAAGAUGGAGUACAUAUGACUAUGUCACGGGAGGGAAGACCUAGCGGAGAAGCUUAUGUAGAAAUGGACACUCCAGAAGACAUUGAAAAAGCUUGUAAAAGGGAUAGAGAUCAUAUGGGACAUCGAUAUAUUGAAGUUUUUAAAGCAAAAAGAGGUGAAAUGGAAUGGGUAAUCAAACGAAGUGGCUUAAAUUUAGAAAAUGCAAUGGAUGAUGGCUGUGUCAGAUUGCGUGGACUACCAUUUGGUUGUUCUAAAGAAGAAAUAGCACAAUUUUUCUCAGGGUUGGAGAUAUUGCCGAACGGGAUUUCACUACCGACAGACUACACGGGCCGCAGUACUGGGGAGGCUUACGUUCAAUUUGUUAACAAAGAUGUUGCGGAGCGCGCUCUGCAGAAACACAAGGAAAAGAUAGGACACAGGUACAUUGAAAUCUUCCGGAGUAGUUUAUCUGAAGUACGUGCUAGUAUAGGACCAAAAAUGCGUGGCGGCCCAAUGGGUGGAUUUAAUCAGAGACCUACACCUUAUGAUCGUGGUGAUCGUUUUGGGGGCAUGAAUCGUUUCAGUAAUAAUGGUAGAGGAUCUAGAAAUAGAGAUUUUGAUAGUGGUCCUUGGGGAAGUGGAAAUAAUUUCAGUUCGCGUGGAAGUGGAAUGGGUAUGCGUGGUGGAAUGGAUAUGAAAGGAGGAAAUUUUAGAGGAAGUGGUGAUAAUUGGGGUAGCAAUACUGGAGUUCAUAGUAUACAUAUGAGAGGUUUACCAUUCAAAGCGACGGAGGAUGAUAUAGCAGAUUUUUUCAGACCUGUUGUACCGAUUAAUGUUAAAAUUCUCUUGGAAAAUGGUGGACGUCCAUCUGGUGAAGCAGAUGUGGAAUUUGAAACCCAUGAAGAAGCAGUUAGAGCAAUGUGCAAGGAUAAAAGUCACAUGUCUUACAGAUAUAUUGAGUUAUUCCUUAACUCUAGCAGUAGUUCUAGUGGAAUGUCUUUGGGUGGUAUUGGAAACUUUUGUGGAGGUUUGGGUAAUAACUUUAGGCCAGGAUAUUCUCCAAAUAGAGGAUUCAGCAGUCAAUUAGGAGGUAGUAAUUACAACAGUUUUUGAGAUUCAAUGCCAGGUUUCUUACGUUCUAUACGAAGAAGGAUAUAAGAUGAUUUAAGGUUUAAAGAAUCAAUGUUCUAACUUGAGAAAUAUUGACGCAUAUGGAAUUACCUUUUACAGAUGAUACUGAGCGUAGAAAUUAUAUAUUUUUUUUCUUUUAUAUAUACAUAUAUUUUAGGUUCAUUGAUUAAAAUCUAUAAUGAUAAAAAAAUCUGAUUAUUAAACAAGUUGACAAUUAAUUAGAUUUGAUUGUAAUAGAUUUCAUUGAGACAUACAAACAAUAUGCGUUAAAAUUCUUAGUGUAUGAUUUAAUGAUUUAUUUUGUUUAAAGAUUGUGCUGCAUUUCUUUUCGCUCAUUUGUUUAAAUUUGUUUUAAUUUUUUUUUGCUCUUUUUAUAAUUCAUAUCAGCAAAAAAAUACAUAAGCAAAGUGCCCUCUCUAUUCAUGAAUGUUUUUUACGAAAUAUAGAAAACAUGUUCAAAAAUACAUAUUUAAAAAGUCACAGUUAAUAUUGAAAAUAUAAUAUUUUGUUUUAUUAAUUAUUUCGCUUAAAAAUAAUUCAAUAUUAACAGAUUUGUAAUAAAUAUUCAUUGCAACGAUUUAGUGCAAAUUUCAUUAGGCACUUUGUUAUUAUAUUUUGUAUUUAUUUUAUAUGAAAUUAUAAGAAAAAAAAAACCAUUUAAAUUCAUACAAUAUAAUAUAAAUUCUUAUAUUCAUUAUUUUAUUAAAUGAUGUAAUGGGAAGAUCCGAAUAGGUGAUUUAUAUGCUAUAUGCACAAAAUUGUAUCUAAGAUUAAUAGCAUCGUUUCAUUGAUUCAAAAAAUAUAAUACUCUUUAGUUUUUGUUUACGAUUACGAAUGUCGCAUGUAGAUUGCGAAUAUGUUUAUGUUCCUUUAUAAAUUCUACUUUGUAUAUGUGGAAAUCGAGCCUAUGCCAUGUGUAUGAAAUAAAAUAGUAAUAAUGAAUGCCGAAUGUGAACUGUGCUUUAAAAAGAUAGUAAAUAAAAACGUUAUCUUCUUA